UAUCUACUAUCUAUUUAAGGUUAAUCUGUCCCUCACUAAACAGAUAUAAACUCUUUACCAGGCUGCUGUCGACGUGCAAUCUUUCAGGCGACUAGAAAUUGGCGAGAGGUUGAAGAGUUUCAAGGUUUGGUGUUCUAGAGUUUUUCUUCUCUCAAUGAGGACAUCAACGUUGGUAAUACUUCUGCUGGUUGUGGUGGUGGUCAGUUUAAUCCCACACAUACAAGCACAGUAUUGGGAUAAUGUUCUGGAAACUUCCAUGAUAGAAAUAUGGAAAGAACGACAACAACAGGAGAGACUGGAAAAACUGGUCAGAGAAGCGAAAAUGAGAGAAAUAGAACGAAUUAAACUUAACCCGAUUGAACUAAGAAGAAAGAAACGGGAGUUCUGGAAAGGAUUUAAGAAAUUCUUGAAACAGGGAGAAGUACCUUAUGGUUGUUCUGGGUUUGCAUGUGUGUAUACACACUUGGCAGGUAAUUACCGUUGGACGCAUAAAGGAACCGAAGAGUCUGAGGAGUAUUAUUCAUAUGUUCAGAGGUGUAAACGGGAUCCCGACUGUGUCUUUGAUUGGAAGUAUGUGUGGAAAAUCUUGGAACCGCUGUUUGACCGGUGGCUCUACUCAGGUCAAUUUAUAUAAUUAAAGGUUUCGAAUUCACGGUAAUGACGUCUGUGUCACGGUGCUGUUGCUUAACCACCAAAUAAACAACACCAAGUCAC